AUGGCACAAGCACCUUCGAUUGACCGCCUACUCAAUCUUGUGCCGGAGUCAUCAGACACGGUGUUGAGCUACUUACAGACUCAUCCGGAUCUUGCGCUCAAACAGGAUGCGCACGGCUACAGUCUGGUCCACGCCGCAGCUUCAUAUGGACAUACAGAUCUGCUACGAGUACUGGUCAAGGACUACAAUGUCGAUCCCAACAUCAAGGACGAGGAUGGAGAGACCGCGCUCUUCAGCGUGGAAGAUGUCGCCAUGGCCAAGGAGCUGAUCGAGCUCGGAACAGAUAUGAAUCUACGCAAUGAUGAAGGCCAGCUUGCGGCAGAGAAACUCGACGAUCCCGAUGAACAGCCUGCCGUCGCGGCGUAUCUGAAGGAGGCAGCUGGUGGCGGCUCAACAGCGACCGCAGAUAUUUCUGAAUCACUCUCGAAUGGCGAUGCCGCUGGUCAUCAUCCACCGCCACCGCCACCGCUCCCUCAAGGCCUGCAACUGAACGUUGGAACCAUGCGAGCUGGCGAUGCAGGAGAAGAGCCGGAUCCGGAGUUCAGACGGCGUAUCGAGGAGCUUGCUGCCCGCGGCGACUUCGAUGGCGAGGAAGGCCAGCGUGAGCUCCGGAAUCUUGUCAUGGACGCCAUCUCAGGCGUGGCAAACGAUGCCCAAGCACCAGCAGCAUCUCGCCGGAGACUGGAUUGA